AUGGCGGACAGCGAGAAACCGGACAACCAACGGCUCAAGAACUUCAAGCACAAAGGCCGCGGCGCGGCGGCGCUGCGGAGGCAGCGGAACGAGGCGGUGGUGGCGCUGCGGCGGCACCGCAGAGACGAGCAUCUGCUCAAGAGACGCAACGUCCCGCAGGGGGGCACCUGCGCGGGCGCCGCCGGGGCGCAGCCGCCCUCCCUGGACGCUGUCGUCCGCAACGCCGCCAGCGACGACCCGGGGGUUCGGCUCGGCGCCGUGCAGGCCGCCAGGAAGCUGCUGUCCAGGGACCGCGACCCGCCGAUCGACGGCUUCAUCCGGUCCGGGCUGCUGCCGGUUCUGGUCCGGUGCCUGGAGAGAGACGACAGCCCGUCCCUGCAGUUCGAGGCGGCGUGGGCUUUGACGAACAUCGCGUCCGGAACCCCCGAGCAGACCCACGCCGUGGUGCAGGCCCACGCGGCGCCCCGCUUCUUGCGGCUGCUGCGCUCGCCCCAGCACAACGUGUGCGAGCAGGCGGUGUGGGCGCUGGGCAACAUCAUCGGGGACGGGCCGCAGUGCAGGGACUACGUCAUCGAGCUGGGGGUCGUCCAGCCGCUGCUGGCCUUCGUCAGUCCGUCCCUCCCCAUCACGUUCUUGAGAAAUGUCACUUGGGUCAUCGUCAACUUGUGCCGGCACAAAGACCCCCCGCCCCCGCUGGGGACCAUUCGGGAGCUGCUCCCGGCCGUGUGCGUCUUAAUCCAUCACCCGGAUAUCCACGUCCUGGUGGACAUGGUCUGGACCCUCUGCUACCUCACGGACGCGGGCAGCGAACAGAUACAGGUGGUCAUAGAGUCUGGCGUCGUCCCUCACCUGGUCCCGCUGCUCAGCCACGAGGAAGCUCAGGUUCAGAUGGCCGUCUUGCGCGCCGCGGGCAACAUGGUCACGGGCACCGAUGAGCAAACGCAGGCGGUGUUGAACUGUGAUCCUCUGGCCUAUUUCCCAGCCCUCCUGAUGCACCCCAAAGAGAAGGUGAACAAAGAAGCGAUGUGGUUUCUGUCUAACAUCACCGCGGGGAAUUACCAGCAGAUCCAGGCCGUCAUCGAUGCCAACCUCGUCCCGUUGAUGAUACACCUGUUGGACAAGGGGGAUGUGGGCACCCAGAAGGAAGCUGCCUGGGCCAUCAGUAACUUAACCAUCAGUGGGAGGAAAGACCAGGUGGCCUUCCUGGUCCGGCACAACGUCAUUCCGCCGUUUUGCAACCUGCUGGCCCUGAGAGACAUCCAAGUGGUGCAAAUCGUGCUUGACGGGCUCAGCAACAUCCUCCGGAUGGCGGAGGAGGAAGCGUACACCGUGGCCAGUCUCAUAGAGGAAUGCGGAGGACUGGAGAAACUCGAGCUGCUGCAGAAUCACGAAAACGAAGACAUCUACAAGCUGGCCUACGAGAUCACCGACCAGUUCUUCUCUCUGGCCGAUAUCGACGGGGAGGCUAGCUAUGUCCCAGGGGCAAUGCACGGUGGGAUGUUUGCUUUCAGUUCACCCACAGAGCCGUUCCAGUUUUAG